GCGCGGGGCGGCUGUCCGGAUACAUGGCACGGCUGCGGCCGGGCUGCACGGCGGGGACCCGGCGCUUUCGGUGACUGGAACGACCGGGGGGCAGCAGCGCGCCCCGAGAUAGCUAAGGCAUGGCGGGUGUUUCUCUAUCGAACAGACACGAUCCCUUCCUUGGUGACAAACGUAUGUUUUGACUGUGGAUCGAAAAACCCUAGCUGGGCAAGCAUAACAUAUGGAGUCUUUCUUUGUAUUGACUGUUCAGGGACGCACCGAUCGCUUGGCGUGCACUUGAGUUUCAUUCGAUCUACAGAACUGGAUUCCAAUUGGUCUUGGUUUCAACUGAGGUGCAUGCAAGUUGGAGGAAAUGCAAAUGCUUCUGCUUUUUUCCAUCAACAUGGAUGCACAACAAAUGACACCAAUGCAAAGUAUAACAGUCGAGCUGCUCAGCUUUACAAGGAGAAGAUUAAAUCUCUUGCGACACAAGCAACAAGAAAACAUGGUACUGAUCUGUGGAUAGAUGGAUGUGGAAUGCCACCUGCUUCACCUCAGCACAAAGAAGAGGACUUUUUUGCAUCCCAUGCUUCUUCCAAGAAUACAGAAUGGGUAUUAUCAGAGCCAGAACCAGUUCCUCUACAACAGAAAGCUUCAGAAAACAUCCUGGAAAGCUAUGAAGGUGGACCAGAACAUGGACCAAGUGUUGAUUGCCUUAGUACAUCACCAAAAGCCACAUUAGAGAGCACCUCCUUCAUAAAAAAGAAGCCGAAUCAGGUUAAGAAAGGGCUUGGUGCCAAAAAAGGCGGUUUGGGAGCACAAAAAGUCAGCAGCCAAAACUUUAAUGAGAUUGAAAAACAAGCACAAGCUGUAGAUAAAAUGAAGGAACAAGAGGAUCUUCAUAGCAGUAAGAAAAUAGAGAUGGAAGAGCCACUUGUAUCAUCUUUACGAUUGGCCUACAGAGAUCUUGAUAUUAAAACAAAAGAAGAAAAGUUAAAUCUAUCUGGUAAGAAGAAAAAUGAACUAGAGAGGCUUGGCAUGGGAUUUGGCAGCAACAGAAGUGGCAUUUCUCACUCUGUCAUCUCAGAUAUGCAGACAAUAGAACAAGAAACACCAACAGUUGCAAAACCAAAGAAAAAGUACAUAGAUGAUGCAGAAGACUCCUAUUUCUCUUCUUCUAGUUCAAGGUACUAUGAUUCUUCAGAUUUGAGAAGCAACACUUUCUCUAAAUGGGAUGACAAUUCGGAUCCUUUUUGGAAGAAGGAAAGUAAUAGCAGAGAUGUUGAUGUAAUAUUAACUCCGAAAAAUACAGGCUUUUCAGAGAGGCCUGCAUCUCGUCGUAAGCCUGAAUAUGAGCCGUCUUCAAGCACCGAUGAGGCACAAAAAAAAUUUGGCAAUGUAAAAGCAAUUUCAUCAGACAUGUAUUUCGGAAGGCAAGAUCAUGCAGAUUAUGAAGCUAGGGCUCGACUGGAAAGACUUUCUGGAAGCUCCUCUAUAAGUUCAGCAGACUUGUUUGAAGAUCAGAAAAAGCAGCCGGCAGGAAGCUACAACAUUACAAACGUCUUGCCUUCUGCUCCUGAUAUUGCCCAGUUUAAACAAGGAGUGAAAUCAGUGGCUGGAAAGCUUUCUGUACUCGCUAAUGGAGUCAUGACAUCUAUACAGGAUCGAUAUGGUUCUUAACAACUUGCAUAUCAAUUAAGUACACUAAAGAAGAGUUUCUCUUCAGGUGCACAAGUAAUCACACUGCUGAUUUGAAUAAAGGUUGCCUUAAGACUGUUAAUGUCUCUAAUUGUUCCAGCCUAUUUUUGUGCAGCUUUCUGGCGCAGCGUCUUUUUAUUGCUAUUUUGUCUUCACAGAGCAGAAAUUAUGUAGCAACUUGUUACAUUGCAUAUGCUUUUAUUUUCCUUUUCCUUGACAGUCUUGUGUUUCUCUUAGUGACCUUGAUGUUAGAUGUUGGGAACUUUGUAUUAUUACUGCUUUUGUCUGUGAGGCAAGAAAGGAUGAGCACGUACAUUGGAAAUGAGCUUUCCCAACAGAAACCGCUGUGCAGCUGUAUCCUCAGUUGCCAGACAUAACGUAUCUUCUGACUGUCUUACAAGCUGUGGAGAAGAAAGUAAGCUUAUGCUGAGAUUGUAUUUAGUGGUCUGUAGCAAAACAUAGAAUGAAGUUAAACCUGCGUUUAACAGGAAGUAAAAGCUCUUGCAGUAAAUUGAUGUGCAUUGAAGUGAUGGGGGAUUAAUGUUUUUAAAUGACAUUUGUGCAAGAAAAUGUUAUACUUAAUGUGAGGUAUAAGGGAGAUGAGGCACCUGGUAUUUUGAAUAAUAGAUUUCAUCCAUUUACGAGAACAAUCUAUUUAUUCCUGGUUUUGAAAGUCAUAAAAAAAUUGCAAUAUGGAAUCCUUAAGUGCUUUAAAAACAAUCUGUAUUGUGUACAAACUGAAAAAACUUUAAGUAUAUAAGGGGCUUAAUAGAGUAGUUAGUAAAAUACUUGUUAAAAUUUUCAGAACAAUCACAGUUUUUUUGAUAAAUAAUGACAUUUUGGAUGAGGAAAUAUAGUAGAACUGUGUUUUAGACAGUUUGGAUUUUUUUGCUGAUGACAUCUUGUAUAAAAAUGAUCAGAACUUAACGGAAAAACCUCACAACCAACAAUGAGCUCAAGCUAAUUCUGUUCUGUACCUUUGAUUCUUAAUUCAAAUUUGUAAACUGCUGAUAUCUAAUAAAAAAAAGAAAAUUGGUAUAAACUGAUUUUUUUUUAAUUAAAUUCAUAUAUGCAGACGCCAGUCUCCAGCUUUUGAAUACUGCCAUCUGUAUUCCAUAUAAUGAUCUGGUAAAAUUAACCUUCCAUUUCAGUUAGUGAAACUAACUUUCUUAUUAAAUUGCUAUAGCAAUAGAAAUCAAAGCAACAAGUGGGAUGGAAAAGAAAGUUUCUGUAUUCAAACGUGGUGAAGUACAGUUCACAUUAUGUGGAUGUACUUGUUUUUCUGUUUCUCAGUGCCUCUUGUAUUUAACUCUCACUUCCUCUAACUUCUUCUCUCACAGCUGUUCAGAUUUAAGCUAAAAAUGAUGAUUCUUUUCUGAGAAUAGAAGUAUUUGUCCUGCUCAGUUGUAGAGCUUUUACACUUUUUUUCCUUUCCCACUCUGUAAGAUGGUUUUGCCUAAUGUGAAGAGAAAAUGCUUUAUUACACAUAAAAAAUGGUCUUAUUUUCAGAUUAGCAGUCAGCUGCACCCAGUGACUUGAAGAAGAGCUGCUCUUCUGAAAACUAAUCUGCAGGUUUAGACAUUUGUGUGUGGAUAGAGUUGCCUUACUUCAGGCAGUGAAGUAUAAUAAAAUGUAGUUCUAUCCUUGCCCCCGCCUCCAUCCUGUCCCAUCCUCUCUUUUGGUUUCUCAUAUUUUAAACAUGUAAAUGAGAUCACCUACAUGUUUGGGUUUUUGUAAUCAUUGUAAUACAGCAAACCACUUACAGAUGGAAAAAUGUGGAAAAAAAUGGUGCUUUCAGUACAAAAUAACAAAUUACUGGAGGAAACAAUUGCGGAGUUACCUUAUGUGCCACAAAGCAAGCGUAACUUUGUAUAAACUUCUGUGUAAUUGUAUAAACUUCUUCCCUUGUGCUGCAAUCUGGGGAAUGCAAAGUGUUGAACAAUUCAGUAUUUUCAGAAAUACUGUCUAGUUUAACGUCAUUUGGAUUUAUGCCUUCAUUUAUUGUUGUAGGUUCUCUAUGGCAACCCAUUACCACUAAUUCCUUCUCUUGACGUAGUGACUGGAUGUGUAGCUCUUAACCUCUAAUGCACCUCUUUUUGUCAUUAAUAAACCACUGAGGUGUCACUGUUUCAUCAAGUGGAGGUGGGGAGGAUUGCCAUGUACACUGGAAGAGCCAACUUUAACUCCUCAAGUUGAAUAGCAUCAUAGAAUGGCUUGGCUUGAAAGGGGCAGUGAAGACUAUCCAGUUCCAACUCCCUUCCAUGGGCAGGGCUGCCACCCACUAGUUCUGGCUGCUCAGGGUUCCAUCCAACCUGGCCUUGAAUGCCUUCAGGGAUGGAGCAUCCGCAGCUUCUCUGGGCAGCUGUGCCUGUGCCACACUGCCCUCUCAGUAAAGAAUUUCCUUCAAAUAUCUAACAUCUCUUUCUUAUACUUUAAAAGCAUUCUUCUUUAUUCCAUCGCUGUUAGACUGUGUAAAAAGUCAGUCUCUGUCUUGAAUAUAAGCUCCUUGUAAGUACUGAAAGGCGACAGUGAGGUUUCCCCAGUGCCUUCCCCAAGGUGAACAAGCCCAAAUCCCUCAGUGUGUCUUCAGAGGAGAGGUGCUCCAGCCCUCUGAUCAUCUUUGUGGCUCUCCUCUGGACCUGCUCCAACAACUCCAUAUCUUUCCUGUGCUGGAGACCUUAGACCUCCAGUACUCCAGAUGAGCACUCUUGAGGGCAGAACAGAAAGGAACGAUCACCUCCCUCCCUCUGCUGGACACCCCUGUUUUGAUAGAGCCCACGCUAUGUUUGGCCUUGUGGACUGCUAGCACACGCUGCUGACUCAUGUUAAUCUUUUUGUGUACCAAGACCCUCAGUCCUUCUGUGCAGGGCUGUUCUCAAUGAGUUCUUCUCCCAGUCUGUACACAUACCUGGGAUCACCAUGACCCAAGUGUGAAACCUUGCACUCUGCCUUGUUGAAUCUCAUUAGGUUCAUGUUGGCCCACUUUUCAAUCCUGUCAAGGUGCCUUUUAUGGCAUCCCUCUCUUCUACCGGAUUAAGUACUCCAUUCACCUUGAUGUCAUCAGCAAACUUGCUGAGGAUGCCUUCAGUCUCACUGUAUCAUUGAUAAAGAUGCUAGAGAGCACUGGUCCCAGAAUGGACUCCUGGGGGACAUUGCUCAUUACUAGCCUCCACUUGGACAUAGAGUCAUUAACCACAAUGCUCUGGCUGUGACCAUCCAACCAGUUCUUUAUCCAUCCAAUAGUCCAGCCUUCAAAUCCAUAUCUCUCCAAGUUAGAGAUAAGGAUGUGGUGUGGAACCAUGCCAAAGGCCUUGCACAAGUCUGGGUAGAUAACAUCAGUUUCUCUUCCUUUUUGUCCACUAAAGCUGAUACUGUCACAGAAGGCCGCCAGAUAGGUCAGGUGUGAUUGCUCUAGGUGAAGGCAUGCUGGCUGUUUCAGAUCACCUCAUCUUGUAUAUGCUAUAGUAUAGCUUCAGGAGGAUCUGUUCUAUGAUCUUCCCAGGCACAGAGGUGAGGCUGAAUGUGUAGUUCCUGAAGUCUUCCUUUCUGCCCUUCUUAAAAAUGGGAGUGAUGCUUCCCUUUUUCCUGUCAAUAGGGACUUCACCUGUCAGCCAUGAUUCUUCUAAUAUCAUGAAGAUUGGCUUGGCAACUACAUCAUGCAGUUCCUUCAGGACACUGGGAUUCAUAUUAUUGAGCCAUAGAGGUUCUCUUUCAGUCUUAUCAGGUGGUCUCAAACUUCUCUUACAGCAGGAGGAGUUUCACUCUCUCAACGUCUGCUUAGUGGUUCAGGGAUGUGAGAGAUGUGGGAAAUGUGACUGCCAGUGAAGACUGAGGCAAAGAACUCACUGAGUACCUCAGCCUUCUGCUUGUCUGUUACUGCCAGUAACUGCCAGUUAUUGCCUUCUCAUUUAUCAGAGGAGUACGCUCUCCUUGGCCUGUCUGUUCUGACCAAUGUACCCAUAAAAUCCCUUGAUAUCUUUCACAUCCCUCACCAAAUUCUCUUCCAUCUGCACUUUGGCUUUCUUGAUCUCAUCUCUACACAUCCAGACAGCAUUACUAUAUUCUUCCCAGGGCUCACAACCUUACUUCACUGCCUGUACCUGUCCCUCUUUUCCUUCAGUUUGACAAGCAGGUCCUUGUUCAGCCAUGCCAGUCUCUGCCCGAUAUCUUAUGCUGGACCAGGAAGUUGUCCUCAGUGCAUUCCAGGAGUCUCCUGGUUUGCUUGCAGACUUCCAGUGUUGUUCCCCAGUAGAUAUCAGGUGGUUGAAAUCCACCAUCAGGAUGAGAGCCUGCAGGCACGAUGCUUCUUGUAGAUGAAGCGAGAAAGCCUCAUCAACAGUCUCCUCUUGGGAAGGCAGUCUGCAGCAGACCCCAACUACCACAUUUUUCUCAGAGGCAGCACUUCUCAUUCUAUCCACUUCCUAACAUAACAGGCAACUCCUCUGCCCCUGCUUCCCUGCCUGUCUCUUCUGACAAGCUUGUAGCCCAUGCAGUGUUCCACUUGUGCAAUUCGUCCCACCGCAUUUCCAUUAUAGCAAUUUCAAUUACAGCAGUUUCCUAAUUGCACAAUGGCUUCCGACUCCUCUUGCAUAUUUCCUGUGCUGCAUGCAUUAGAGUGGAGGAACUUCAUCUAGAUUAUUGGCUAUGUCACCUUGUUUGAGGAGCUUUGUGGGACUUUGGAAUACCAUGGUACAUCUGAUCCUACAGAAUUUGAUUGGACUGGAUCAAGUAUCUAAACAGAACUAAGUUUGUAUUCUUGCUUUCUUUUUUUCUUUUUGUUCACUUUCAAACACAUCUGCCAGCCUCUGAUCAUAGGGGAUGCUGCUGCUACAAGCUUCACAGAUUUUAUAAUAGGAAAACUAUCUAAUGGGCCUGGUUUUCCUGCAAGCGAAAUUUUGCAUUCCCUUCCUUUAAGCCUUUCUUAAUCCCAGUGCACUUCUUGCUUUUGCAAAGCUGGAGCUGAACAACAGUAAUUCUGAACCAUUGAAGUUUCUCUUCUCCUGAAGGUUUCUUCUUGAAAGUUCCUCCUUAAAGUUUCUCUUCUCUCAAAAGUUUUGUAGGAACUCUGCAUAUAAUGAGAAGGGAGAAGGGAUUAUUUAAUAACUUACAUUGCUGAGUUUAUGUAUUAAACUGCAAAGGUUGGAAAAAUGUUUAAAUAUAAUUGCAAAAACGCCAGCACAAGCAUAAACUCGAUGCUUGGUACUGUUUGAUACAGAGUGUGCUGUCCUUCCCUGAGUGAACAGUAAAGAGGGGGGGAAUCUUGGUACUAUCUCUUUCUCUUGCUUCUCUUUGCAAAAUGGGAAGUCAUAGAACCAUAGAAUGGUUUGAGUUGGAAGUACAUUUAAAGAUCAUCUAGUCCAACUCCCCUGCAAUGAACAGGGACAUCUACAAGUCAAUCUCAAUUGCUGAGAGCCCCAUCCAGCCUGACCUUGAACAUCUUCAGGGAUGGGGCAUCCACCACCUCUUUGGGCAAUAUGCUCCAGUGCCUCACCACCCACACUGAAAACUUCUUCAUUAUAUCCAAUCUAAAUCUCCCCUCUUUUAGUUUGAAACCAUUUCCCCUUGUCCUGUCAUGACAGACCCUACUAAAGAGUCUGUCCCCUUCUUAUAGCUCCCCUUUUGAUACUGAAAAGCUGCUUUCAGGUCUCUGCUGAGCCUUCUCUUCUCCUGUAGAAGGCCACAGGUUAGUCAGGCAGAACUUGCUCUAAGUAAAGCCAUGUUUGUUUUUCUGUUUCACCUUAAUGCUGUCAUUUUGGUCUGCCUGGCAUCAGUUUGUUCCACUGCUGAGAGCAGCAAUACUAGAACUAUUUUGAUGCCAAUUUCAGCUUUUUGUUUUAGAAAGAUUUUGUGGUGUAAGAACGGGCCAAGUGACUCCAUAGCAUAGGAGUUUGUAAACAUUACUUUAGCUGCAAACAGUUUAACAUCCUGUCUUGAGUCAUGGUUAAGCUAUUCUUGUGGAUAUAGGGUGAAGCUGUGGGCCAUACAAAAGAGUGAAUGUGCCUGAUGUUGAUUUUUGAGGGCUUCUACACAAAUUAACUCGAUUUGCAUAUAUAGGUUAUGCGUAUGAGACUGGAUUCUCUUGAAUGAGUAAUAGCCAAACCAGCGUCCCACAUACCAGGAAGUGGCUGAGGUGGUGCAAAGUGGAAAAAAAACUCGGUUUUCCUCUGUCGUACUUUUCACAGCUUCCAAGACAAAAAACAGCACUGCCCUCAUCUUCUUGCAUGGUUAGCUACAACUGUCAGGGGAUGUUGCUUCCGAUUUUGAAGUUUAAACUUGUUUAAAUUUGCUCAUUAAAUUCAAUUUAAAUUUGCACAUUGCAUCUCUUUUUUAAAACCUUCAAAGGAAGUGUGGCGAGGAGGUCUCUCAUAGAAAGAAAGGGGAUCUCCUGGUUCCUUUUAGACUUCGAUUUCUGAGAAUAUUUUUUACAUUAGUUUUGUGAUACAUAUUUGAUUAGUGUUUCUGCUAUUCUGCCCACAUGGGUGCAAUUUAAGAAUAGAUUUCAAGAUGUUGGAAAAAAUGAUCUUUUUUUUCAGUAUACUUGCAACUCCAAUUUCAGUCUACAUAAAUACGCUACCUGUGAAUUUUCAAAUGGAAUGUAUAGAGUUGCUAUCAGACAUUUAACUCAAGGAAAAAAUCGAUCAUGUCUCUACCAGACUUUUGUAAGUCAUCGAAGUAUUUAGGCCUGAACAAUAGGCCCUGAAUCAAAGUUGGCCUCUAGAUGAACCUCACAACCAAACGCUAUGCCAUAUGUGCAGUGCAAUAUUUACCUGUUUUGCUGUUUUAAUAUGAAUAUAUAUUUUGAGGCCAAUUUGUAAAGAUCAGUGCCCUUAUUGUGUGGCACUACCUAAUAGGGGAUUUUUCUUUAUUUAGGACAUCUUGAGAACAGUGAGACCAGACAUCUGACCUUUUUGAGAAAUAUGUGGUUAAAGCCCAAACAGAUAAGAAACUCCACUGGUUCCUCCUCAAGCCCAGGCCAGGCUUUGAGUGGAACCCAACAGGAGAAUGACACCAGAUGUUUCUGCACUUGAAGUUACAUGAGCUUGUUUAUUCAACAAUAUAAAAACAGAACCCCCUUGCAGCAAAUUCAGAGACUUCACCUAUGAGUGGACACACUGCAUAGGACCUCCCAGUUGCUGAGGAAGGUUCUCCAAAUCCCUGCUGCAACCAGGGCUCACCAGAGGUUGCAGAUCUGGAUGAUAGUAAGGUAUUAGGGCAAUUGGUGAUGAAUCUUUCAUAAUCACUGUUGUUAAUCUUGUGCAGUACUGAUUAGGUGCAUUAUCUUAUCCUGUUUUAUUCUGGCUGUACUUUUCACUUAC